AUGCAGACAGUCUCAGGGGCCGACGUCUACGGUCCAGGCUCGUGGAUCGAUUCUGCACCGCUCCCGGUGCCCGAAGAUGCGAAGAGACUCCUGAAGAUUCUGGCAAGGGCCACCCCUGGCUUCUCAAAAGAUCCUGCGGUGGUCGACUCGGUCACGUUUACGGGAUCUCCCGAGACAAUCGUCCCCGGGCCCCUCAAGUCGGCCGUCAUCGCCGGCGCUCUCCAUGCCAUGGCCGGCAUCGUCGCCAAUGAGCUCCUGGAAUGCAGAAGCGGCCGGGACUCGACGCAUCGCGUCAGCGUCGAUACGGAUCAUGCGGCCAUCUGGCUUGGCAGCGUCGGCAUGUCCAAGCGCCACGGCCAGACCGUGCGCGAGAUUGCCAAAGAGGGCAAGCUGUCUUCCAUAUUUCCCAAAGAUCUCGAGAGAGACACCUUUGCGUCUCCGCUCAGGCUGCGCACCACGGCAAACUACGAGACCAAGGACCCCGGUGUCUGGUACCAGCUGCACGGAUCCCUCAACGCUGACCCGGUGCUGCAGGUGAUCGGCCUGGACGCUGCGGCAAAGUGCGACACCGACGAAGAGGCGACUAAUAUGAUUGGGGAGCACGUCCGCAAGUACACUGCCAACGAGCUGGAGAUGAUGUUCUUGUCCCGCGGCCUCUGUGGCAGCAUCUGCUACACCCCGGCUGCAUGGUCCAAGACGCGCAUGGCCCAGGACCUGGAAAGGCAUCCUCUCAUCAACUACUCGCAGCAGACUUACGCAGUGCCUACGCCCGCCAUUCCCCUGGGCGUGUCCUCUGACAAGAGGCCCUUGGCUGGCAUCAAGGUCGUAGAGCUCGUUCGCAUCAUCGCCGGUCCUGUCAUCGGAACAACUUUGGCUGCCUUUGGUGCCGACGUCAUCCGUGUCAACUGCGGGCGGCUCCCAGACUUCAAUUCACUUCAAUUGACGCUCAAUGCUGGUGUACGAACGGUGGACAUCGAUCUGAGCAAGGAUGAAGAGGUGGAGAACUUGCGGGAGCUCAUUCAAGGCGCAGACGUCUUCGUUCAGGGGUACCGCCCCGGUGUGAUCGGCCGGAAAGGCCACGGUCUCCACAACCUUCUAGAGAUGGCUGGGAAACGGGGCCGGGGCAUUGUGUACGUCGAGGAGAACUGCUACGGGCCUGACGGCCCCAUGGCUGAACGACCCGGCUGGCAACAGGUCGCCGAUGCGGCGUCAGGAUGCUCGUACGUGACAGGGCGGAGUCUGGGCCACACGGACGGCACUUGCGUUUUGCCUGCGCUGCCCGUUCCUGACAUGCUCACUGGUCUGAUUGGGGCCAUCGGCGCCAUGAUGGCUCUCCGGGACCGUACGAGGCAGGGGGGUUCGUACCACGUCUUUGCCUCUCUGAUGGCUGCGGCAUCCCUCCAUCUCAAGCCUGAGGUGGGACUGUACCCCCCGGCUGUCGUCCAGCAGUGCUCUGAGAAGUUCAAAUGGAGCAGGACGGGUCCUGAACAUUUUGUGCUCGAGUUGCUGGAUGUUGUCCUGGCAGGGUGGAAGGGAGUUCUGCCCUCAUACUUUGAGGAUGGCAGCUCGUCCACAACGAGGCUGAAAGGUGAUUGGGGUGACUUCGAGGUGUUGAGCCCGGUCGUGAAGCUGGCUCGCGCCGAGAACUCGCCACGCUACACCACAGCCCCUGAGCCGAAUUGCUAUCGCCAAAGCCAUGCGAUCUCAUGGCUUUGA